CCAAAAAAACUCCAGUGACGCCCCCCAAAAUGGCCAGUAACAGAGCCUGAGAAGCUCCCAAACAAUCGAGCCUCUCCCAAAACCCAUGGACUAACACAACUUUUUCGUUUUUCCCCUCAAAUUCCCAAAUGGGUAUGAUCAGAAUAUGUUGUCCUCUCCCCUCUCCUCUUCUCAUCAGUGUUUUCUUGCUCCUCCUUCUUUAUCUCACUUCGGCUGCAGAUAACACAAACUUGGUGUACAAGGGAUGUGCAGAACAAAAACUUCAAGACCCAUCGGGGAUUUACUCGCAGAACCUCCAAGCUCUCAUGACUUCCCUGGUAGGCCAAUCUGGGCAAAAGCCUUUCUCCUCUACAACAUCCGGUGAUAACCAGAACGCAAUCAUGGGUCUGUACCAAUGCAGAGGAGAUCUCACAAACUCCGAUUGCUACAACUGUGUCAGCAAGAUUCCAGACUUGCUCGACAAGCUAUGUGGGAAAGUGGCAGCAGCUAGGAUCCAGCUUGUUGGGUGUAGUAUGAGGUACGAGAUUGUUGGCUUCAAACAAAUCCCUGAGACUCAAUUGCUUUACAAGGUUUGUGGAAAGAAGGCGAAGGGAGAUGGGUUAGAGCAGAGGAGGGAAGCAGCGUUUGGUAUGGUGGAAAGUGGAGUGAAAAGUGGUUCGAACCUGUUUUACACAGGAAGCUACCAGUCCUUGUAUGUAUUGGGGCAGUGUGAGGGCGAUUUAGCUAGUUCCGAUUGUGGAGAUUGUGUGAAAAGUGCAGAGGAUCAAGCCAGGGUUCAGUGUGGCAACUCCAUUUCUGCCCAAAUUUAUCUGCACAGAUGCUUUAUCAGUUACAGCUUUUACCCCAAUGGAGUCCCAAGCAGAUCAUCUUAUUCGUCUGGAUCAGGGACGGGACAACAACACACACAGAAGACAGUGGCUCUCGCAGUGGGAGGUUUUGCAGCUGUGGGCUUCUUAAUUGCCUGUUUGUUAUUUGUCAAGUCAGUGUUCAAGAAAAGAAGCACCAAGUACUGACGCUGAGUUUCACUGUGCAUAUUCUACUUCUCAACAUAUCAUAUGAGUAUACUUUAGAGCCUUUUUGUGUAAUUCUAGAUCAAAACACAAAAUCUUACAGUUUCCAAUUGGCAGAUCUUCUUCGAGCCACUUGUAAAAAGAAAGUGAACUGUCAUGUUUUGUAAGUUGGAUUUGACAGAUUAUAGUGUAUUAAGGGGUGGGUGAUGAAUAAUGAAGAUCAUUGAAUAGUUCAGGAAAA